CAGUUAAUCAGAUCUGUUAUUAUUUGUUCAGCUCCCGGGGAAUACAGUUCACAAAAUUUUGGUUUUUACUUUUUGGAAAAUAUUAUAUACAAAAACAAAUAACAAACAAAAGUUUUUCAAAAUUCAACGAACCCAAAAAGCUGCAGUGAUAGUCCCUGAACAAGAAAAAUGAAUGUGGCAAAGAGUCUGAAGCAGUGCGCGCGUGCUAUGCGGCAGCGCGGCUGGCGAAGAAUACCGCAGGAUAUUCAGGUGGGUUGUGUAGGUUUGGAUCAGCGGCGCAAUUAUCAGGAUGAUUCCCACGACUGGUCGUCGAAGCGGGGCGAGGAUGCGGGUGUGCAGAUGAAGAAUGUGUAUGGUGAGGACAGGCGUUUCGAUCCGCGUUACGAUGAUCGCCACUACAAGAGCUACUAUCGCGGUGAAAACUACGAUAUGGUUGAUGGUAGCACAAAGAGCGUACCCAGCAGUCCCAAGGAUCCAGAAUCAAGACGUCGCAUCACGCAAGACACAAUGGAUCAUCAGCGACGCCAGGAGCGCAUCAUUCAAGAAAACAAAAUCAGGUGGCAGCAACGUUCAGAGCCUAAAACGCCUGUGUCGCAAUACACACACCACACAUUUUUCUCCGCUGAAAAUCCUCGCAAGCCUAGCAAGCAGGAAAGCGAGGACCAGACUGCCGAGGAAUACAGUCGUCGUCGUCGCCAGCAGCGCCUGAAGGAGGCGAAGGAACAGGAGCGCGAGUUGCGCGAAUCGCGCAAGGGCUAUAAAAUACCCAAAUCUGAGGAUGAGCAAGGUCCACCUGAGAAUUUGGAUACCCGUUAUGCUAGCGAGGCUUGGCUGGAGAAACGCGAUCAGGAGGAUGAGGCCCAAUACUGGCACACCUGGACCACUUGCCCCGAAGAGCGCCGAGGUAAAGAAAUGGCGAAGCACGAAGCUGCUGAAGACGAGGAGGAUGAAGGUGCACCCAAAUACAACCCCAGCGAGCGUCGCGGUUUCGUUAAGCCGACUCUGCCCUAUGACAGCAGUGUGCGCCGCUUUCAGACCCACUCCUUGCAGCUGGCUGAGAAUGACGUGCCACCCAUGGAGCCGCCACAGCAUGCUGCUAAGGAUCAAGGACAACCUAAGCGCCGUCGGCCCAGUGGGAUGGAGAAGCAAUUUCUGCUGGCCCGGGAUUUCAAUCGUUUGAAUUUCGUUAAAGAUGAUACCACCAAUCGACCAUCAUCCUUGUUGCAGUCGCACGUGUUCAAUUUGCCAAGGACGGUCUAUGCCGAGGAGAAGCGUCGAGAAGAGCUGAAGGAUAUCGAGCUGCCCGAGCAGCCGCCGCGCAGAAAGCUAGCCUGGCAGGGCCUGCCACGACCUGUCUACAAGCGGUUUGAUGGCGUCAAUCGCGCAAUUGCUCGCAACGAUCAGGUCCAGCGCAAGAAAUGUAGAAAGUGCGUGGAGCCUCCACGUUUCCGGAUGACCGUCAAAAGCAAAACGCUGAGCCGCAAGCCAACGCCCAUUGAUAGCUUUUCCAGCUUGUUGGCUGUCAGCACAAACUACACACCGCACAGCGAAUACACUGGCUACGGCCGUCAGACUGUCUGCGAUGCUUGGCAAAACUUCACUAAUGUGCAUAACCUAAAGCCAAUUUACUGAAGAGCCCGGGGAUAAAGUGAUGGGUAUUUUAACAGCGCGGUUAGAAAUGAUAAACAAACAACAGGUAGAAAGAUUAUUAAUUGUGAUAGUUUAUACUUGAAUCAACGAUUUAUCGAAGUUUGUAGUGUCAUUUCAACGAUUAUAAAAUUUAUUUGCGUAUGGAGAAAUAAAUUUAAACGUUGCACUUUUGGGAAACCGAAAUUGUGUACAAAUUCUCUGUAUGAAUUUGAA